AUGAUAUCUCAGAUAGCAUUAGCCAUAACGCUCUCUGUUAUUAUCCUACUCACUGUCAGUGGAAAUAUUUUGGUCUGUCUGGCUGUGUACGCGACCAGACGCCUACGUAAUGUCACCAACUGCUUCAUCGUCUCUUUGGCGGUUACAGACUUUUUACUGGGUGCUCUAGUGUUGCCCUUUUCCACCCUUUACCAAGUUACGGGCGAGUGGCCAUUGGGGGCGCACUUCUGCAACAUCUACAUUUCGCUAGACGUCAUGCUAUGCACGGCCUCCAUACUCAAUCUCUUCGCUAUCAGCUUGGACCGGUACUUUGCGGUCACUGCCCCAUUGCGUUAUCCAAUGCUAGUGCUUCCGUGGCGAGUUGGUGUGAUUUUAGCAACAAUCUGGCUGGUUUCGGUUGGCGUUUCAUUUGUACCCAUCCACCUAGGCUGGAAUACACAAGACUUAAGUGUGCAAAAUAUUCGCGAUGGUGACGCUGCUCGAGGCUGCCGGUUUGAGUUAAAUCCAACGUAUGCAGUAGUCGACGCAUUUGCCACAUUUUAUCUCCCCCUGAUGGCCAUGUGCUGGAGCUACCACCAAGUUUUUCGCAUCGCAAGGACACAGGCGAAACGUAUUAUUUCUGCGCAACGGAGUUCGUCAUCUUCACCAGGAGCGACGAUGCUCACCCUGCGUGAACACAAAGCCACAGUGACACUUGCAGUGGUGCUUGGCGCUUUCGUGGUGUGCUGGUUCCCGUAUUUCACAUUUUUUACAAUAAUGGGAAUACGUAACGAAGACAACCCACCGCGGACAGCGCAGUCGGUGGUGCUUUGGCUAGGAUAUGCAAACUCUGCCCUAAACCCAGUACUUUACGCCACACUCAAUAGAGACUUCAGGUCGGCUUAUGCCAAGCUUCUCUGUGGAGGACGAGGAUGUAAAACAGGCAACACGAUGGCAACAAUGGGGGAGGGGCCUAUGGGUGGACACGCCCCUCUCCCAAACAGGGAGGGGCUUCUGCCUAGAACUUGCGUGCUGCUGCAAGAGAUCGAAAAUGGGAAUACGGUCGACAGCAGCACAAUAACUGGUGCUACAGUUACCAUUAUAGCUAAUGGGAAUAAAAGGUAGAAGUACAAGUUUGUUUACCUGUUACAACAGAGAUGGAAUGAAUUUAAUGUGCUGCUGUUUUGUCUUAUUGUCUUCGUCUCUGCUCAUUUAUUUAUCUGUCAGCAGCCUACAGUGAAUCCAAGUAUUAA